GUGCUGUUUCAUUCUGUUCUCUCUCUCUCUCUUUAGGUCACAGUAUCUUUUAUAACCAAACCAGGGAAGAAGAGGAUGCAAGAUCAGCUCUGAAAAUACCACAAUGGAGUAUACCAAAGAUCAACUGAACUACUUUCGAAUAUGUUACAUCAUCAAUUGUAUUGCGGAAGGAUUAAGACAAGUCUUCAUACGAGAAUGGGAUUCCAAUUACAAAGUGAGCCUGGGUGAAUGGGAAGACACCGCACAGAAUGGUCAGGACUUCUACAACAACGAAUCCAAGAAGCCGAGUUAUAGGAGAAAUCGUGUUCAUCUGAGAAUAAUAAAGAAAGGGAAAACAGAAGAAUGGGACUGUAGUUGCUUAUUUUUCGCUAUUUUGUUCUCGUAUAGCAUUGGUUCAACAAUUAGCACAACCACCAGAAAAGAUAUCGAGGAUCUUCGUCAAGUCAGAAAUGAUAUUGCCCAUAUCAGUGAAGCAACUCUUACCGACACGCAGUUUCAGAAUCACGUGGGAAUAGUUUUAAACGCUUUUAAGUCCUUAAGUCUUCCAAUCUCUGACAUCGAAACGGUUAAAAAUCAGAAAACUUUUCCUACAGCAGAAGUCAACGGCCUAAAGGCACAGGCAGCAAAUCUCGAGACAAAAUUACAAACAGCGAAGUCCGAUUUCCAAGACGUUAAAGACGCAAUCAAAGCGAAAGAGGACGAAAAUCUGACGCUUACCUCUGAGUUAAAAGAAGCGAAAGAACAAAUGAAAUGUCUAACAGAAGAAAUCAAUCUCAAGGUCGAGUCUUUCUGUCUUCUCACAUCUAACCCACCCCACAAAAUCAUCCUGCGGAGGACGGAAGUCUCAAAAAUCAUAGGAAAAAUGAAAGCACUUGAAGAAAGAUCUAAUGGAGCAGUUAGUACCAUUUAUCUAUCGGGAAUGCCAGGAUGCGGAAAAAGUCAAAUUGCCAGACAGACUGGAGAACAGUUCUUCACAAUGAAAUCCGGCAAAAGUAAAAGUUUAACAUUUGUUGCAACCCUAAAUGCUGAAAGUCUCGAGACUCUUCGUGAUUCGUACUUCUCUUUAGCCAAAAAACUGGGAGUUUCGGAGUAUGCUAUAAGUAAGCUGGCUAUUGCAGAGCUGGAGAGCGCAGAUGAAAUAAUUCGACAUUUACAGCGUUUAAUCAGACAGAAUACUAAUCUUUUCUACAGCUGGUUAAUGAUUGCUGAUAACAUGCCAGUGCCAUCCCAACAAGUGCCCCUCAUACCUAUCACGAGUCAUUGA